CGCCACCAUGGCUCCGACUAACGGUUCUGUAGACCCUGAUCUUGACGAGGGCUUCUUUGAUUCCAUGUUUACAUCCCUAGCCGCCCCGCUCGCUGGAUCAAAGCGAGAUGCGGCCGUUCUGAGCGGCGAUGAACUCCCAAGCCAAUCGCUAUCUCAAGCGAUAGGUACGAGCCAGGGAGAGUACCUGGCUGAACACGUCAAUCCACAGGCUCUGUGUUGCAGUCACUGCCCGGAAGUGCGCCCGUCCAAGCGCAGGGCUUCAGCGCACAAGGUUGGCGAGUUUCACAAUCUUACGGCAGAGUCGCACCCACCGAUUGGCACGGACCAGCAGUUUCCAGACGAUUGCUUCGAGAAAUUCUGCCAGGAGUGCAACUUGGAUGCUGCUUGCCCGCCUAACUGCGAUCUGGCGUGUCCUGGCGACGACGCCUGUGAUACUGUCUGCACGCCGGAUGAUGCCUGCUUCGACCCACACUGCUCACAGAGCCCGCAAGAAUGCGCGGACGGCUGUAUUGACCCAGAGUGCACCAAGCUGUCGUGUCCAGACCAGCCGUGCUUCUGCCAGAAGUGCGAUGCCCUCCCUUGCCCUCUAGGUGACCCCGACAACGACUGUCACUUCGCCCACUCAGCACCUACUGGCGCUGGCACGAUUUACUGUUACGACAACGCCCCUUGCCACUUUCAGGACCAGUAUCCUGCCCACACUGGGCCGCUUGCCGCCUACGAAACCUAUCCAUGCUUCUCUCAAGCUCACACACAUCUCCACGGAGACACUGCCUCAACACACGCCUCCACCGCGCCUACACCUCUGCUGUCGCCCAGCAAUUACACAUCUCUGGAAAGCGCCUUUACCAGCGAAGCUUCUCCAGCUCCUGGGCACGGCUCCUUCAUCAACAGCUGUUUCCUCAACAUCAGUGGAGAUCACUGCCACAUUGACAACUCAUGUUGCCAUGGAACGAGAAGAGCAUGUGGAGAUUAUCCAGCUGCAUCUCAGCAGAACCUCGAUCUUUGGAAUAAUUCUAUAGCCCAAGGCAACGGACUGUCGAACGGCUUCAUGACCUUCGGCCUCAACAGUCACCCUACCUCACCAGUCACCAUGGGUGGCAUGUCAAACGGAGAUAUGUUCAACAGCCAAUACAGCAACUCGAUGAUGGGGUUCAGUGAUAACAAUUGGAUGCUCCCUGGCCCUUCUUUCGAAAACAACUUCUCGCAUACCAUGGGCACCAGUAAACUUGACUUCCUGGCCUCAGCAAUCCAGCAGGAGAUUAUGAAUCCUAUGAACUCUCUCGCUGCCGCAUCUGCGAGAGAUGCUGCUUCAGUCCUCGACACCCCAACAAACCCCAGCACCCCAUCUAGCGAAGCGAACUGCAUUUGCAAGUGGCAGCACGCUCCCGGCCUACUCUGCCAUGCCGUGUUUCCCACUGCCUCCGCACUCCACAAGCACAUCAAGACAGCCCACGUCGACAACUGUGCAUCCUGCUUCUGCCAAUGGGAAGGCUGCGACGCAUCUUCGAAAGACUUCAAGCAGCGUUCUAAGCUGUCCCGCCAUCUGCUCGGACACGCAGGUUACCGACCGUAUGCAUGCAGCUACACCGGUUGUGACAAAACCUUCGCCACAAACCAAGCCAAAGACAACCACGAACGCACGCACACCGGCGAGCGGCCAUACGUGUGCGAUCGCUGUGGCUACACAACAACGACGCACACGCAACUGCAGACACACAUCAGUGCGCUGCACGAGGGCAAGAAGCCACACAAGUGCCGGUUCUGCGACUUCACAUGCGCAGACAGCAGUAACCUGAGCAAGCACGAGAGAACACACCAGACACUGCGCCCCUACCGCUGCCCUCACGUGAACUGCACGUUCAAGCCCGACUGCCGCUGGGAGAACCUCAAACGGCAUCUGCGCCGCUCGGGCCAUUGUUCUGAGCUGCUGAUUGAGACGAGCGACGAGUAUAAAUCGUACAGGGAGAGUGUGCGCAGGGAGAUCGAUGACUGGCACAGGCGGAAUGGGGAUGAAGCUCAGGGCAAGUUGAGUCGGAGAAAGGGGAGAGGGUCGGUUGGGUGAUGAGUUGAUAGCAUUUGCUGGCGACAUUGGCAACAUUGGCGACUGAGCAUCCUUUGCGAUUAGAGCAUCUUUUGAUGUACACGAUACCAUGAUGGAAAAGCAUCUCACCAGUAUUGAAUUACAAAUUAUUC